AAUCUGUACUGUUUUGACUUUUGGUUUUUGAAACAGUUUGUAGUUAAAAGUUUCAACCGGCGUCAUUAAGAAUUCUCUAAGUUUAAAUGUUUAACAAUAUUUUGUAUUAUAAAAGUACCACAUAUUCUUAAAAUUCGUUAUUCCGAGAUAAUAAUAGCAAAUAUUUUUGCUUUUAACAAUCACUCACAGUCAACAUGGAUUGUAAAAUAAAAAAAUGCUGUCCCAACUGUUGUCAAAUUUAUCAACUAAAAUCAUUGUCUCCCAAGGGAUUUGGCAAUAUACCACUGUUUUUAACAUGUGGUCAUUCAAUGUGUGAAAAUUGUGUAAGCAAUAUUGUGAAAUUUGCUGAACCUAUAGAAUGUAAAGUCUGCUGCCAAGACAUGGUAAUAACCCCUGAAAACCAAGUACUCUUGAUGGAAAAUAGUAUCAAACUAUAUGACUUAUUCCCAAUAAAUGUGUAUAUGCUUGGCGAAUUAGCUCAACAACAUAUUGAGCAAAAGCAUGGACCAAAACACAGUGACAUGCCUUGCUUUAUAGAUCUUGAC